UUUAUUAUUCGUCACGUAGUACACGGUAUUAAAUUUAACUCGCUUCGAAACUAUUCUUGAGGACAUGUAUAGAACGUCAGUCAGAGUAUUAUUGAUAUUUCCUUUCAUAAGUUUGACGUCCACGCGUCUGUUUCGACGACCAGAAGCUAUAAAUAGCGAGAUCCAUGACAUUAAUAACUCGAACGGUCAUUUCGGACACCUUGAAGAUUUUUUGUACGGUCUACCUGAUGGCAAGACUGGAAGAAGAGUGGCAGAAUGGCACGAGAAUAUGACUAGCAACCCGGAAGAGUUGGGCUCCUAUGUAGAGGGUGACAUUUUGUUUCCGAUGGGAACCGGAAGGAAUGGCUUAAGAGCGAGCUCCGCCACAUGGCCCAAUGGUGUUGUUCCUUAUAUUAUUAGUCCAUAUUUUGACGCUGAUCAACGGAAAGUGAUCUACGAGGCAAUGAACGAUUACCAUAAGUACACGUGCAUUAGGUUCAAGCCAUACCACGGCGUGGAGACCGAUUACAUCAGGAUCACAGCUGGUAACAGCGGUUGUUGGAGCAGUGUGGGAAGAAUUGGUAGCUGGCAAAACGUGAAUCUUCAAGUUCCUGGCUGUGUAACAAGAAAAGGCACUGUGAUCCACGAACUGAUGCACGCUAUAGGCUUUUUGCACGAACAGAGCAGAUUCGAGAGAGAUCAGUUCGUCUCUAUCCAAUGGAACAAUAUUCUAAAUGGCCAUGACAGCAAUUUCCUGAAAGCUUCGAAACAAACUACAGAUGACUUUGGCAUUGCUUAUGAUUAUAAUAGCGUGAUGCAUUAUUCGUCGUACGCAUUUUCAAAAAAUGGAAAACCGACUAUAAUACCCAGAACGUCAAAUGAUUAUUUCAGCGAAGUUGAUAAAUAUUUUCAGGAUAACGUUAGGAUCAAACUGGGUCAACGUGAAGGUUUUAGCAAGGGAGACAUUCAGAAAAUCAGGAGAAUGUAUAAAUGCAACCGCUAUGGUUGAUUUCACCUCCGAUUUCAAUUAAUCCUUGAAAUUCUGCUACUUGAGACACUUAAAACCAUCGAAAUGUAAAUAACAUUUUUCUUUUUUUCUUUCUUACAAUAUUACUGAUUCAACAAUUUUUUAAAAUGUCAUUUGCACUCCUUUGGUUCUAAGUGUUUUAUUUAUGAUCAAUAGAUUUUUUCAAAAGUUCAUCUGAACUGAUUUAUUAAAACCAUCACGAUAAUA